CCAGGUUUAGUCCUGGAGCGCGGUCUGCGGGUGCAAAUUCCAGCGUACCAUAUCCAACGCAGCGAAGAACACUUCUCCGACCCACAUCGAUUCAUGCCGGAAAGAUUCCUGCCCGAGAACAGGGAUUCGGUUAAGCCUUACAGCUACCUGCCUUUCGGAGAGGGUCACAGGCUCUGUUUAGGAAAUCGCUUCGCUAAAAUGCAAGCUAUGACCGGUCUUAUCACUCUACUAAAGAAAUACAAAGUGACGUUUGGUCCUAAAACUCCGAAAGAAGUUAUUAUAUCACCUAGGUCUAUAUCUUCAUAUGCUGUCGGAGGACUGUGGCUUUCGUUAGAAACCAGACCGGGCUGGGAAGAGAGAAAAUAUGUUAAAAGGACCAUAGAUCGAAAUUAAAAUAAUACUAAAGUGUACAUCACUUAAAAACGUGAACAUUUAAAUUUUCUCUGUUAUCAGGCCAGAAACAUUAAAAUUAUGAAUUUUUCGGAAACCAAAGCGUCAUAAAGUUCUCCCAAAAUUAUCGCUAACAUCAGUUGAGUACGAUUACUUAAUUUAACUAGUAGAUAAAUAAAUUGGAAAUUGCACCGUAGACGCUGCUGUUGAUGUUAAUGGCGUUGAGCGCCUUCUAGCGUCAUUUGUUGAAACUAAUUAUCGUCAAAACUGACGACAUUAUUGCAUUACCUCGACGCCAGAUGGCGUAACCUAGUUUAGUAAGUCUACCCGAUACGAGAUGUCGCUAGUUUCUAAGUCUAUAUUUUUAUCGUAUUUCUUCAGUAGAGUUUAAUU